CACUCCGCUGCGGACAUUUGCCCUACGCCAUCAACAAAUUAAUGGUUCGGAGCUCGGUGUACAAGUCUACCGCCCACCGACGGGGAUCCAAUGGGCUGUUUGGGCCGAUCCCCCUACCACGACGACGCGUGGCGAUGUUGUACCUCCCCCCAUGUGCCCAUGUCCCUUCCCUUCGAAACCAUUCUGACCUGUUCGACCGCUCGAGGCUAGAGGUGUGUUGAGUGUGGCUCUGACUGGUUCAACCUAGUGCUUUCGCAAGUGUUUUUGCCUUCCACGUUUUGCUAGUAGUGUAUCAGACGAAAAGGCCUACGCAGGCUCCUGCCUUGUAAAUGAUAUGGCCCUGUCGUCGUCGUCUCAUGAUAUAUAAAUGAACUCCUUCAUCGACAUCAUGCUCUCUCUUUCCUUUCCCUCCUCAGCUUCAUUGCUUUCCGACAAUCACCACCAUCCUCACCAUCCUAUUCCUCACUUACACACAAACCUCAUCAACCCACACCCACAAACAAUCACACAUACACACACAACAAUCCAACAUGUCUUGGGCAGGUCCAAACGGUAAUAACAAUCCUUGGGGUCGACCAGGUGGCCCUCAAGGCCUCUGGAGCUUCAUCCACUCCCUCGACCCCAACAUGCGCGCCGGCGCCGGCGUAGACCACUCCACCGGCCCCGGUCCCUGGGCAAACUUCCCCUCAGGCUUCCCCUUCCACGGUGCCGAACACCCCUUUAGCGGCGGCCCCGGUGGCCCCGGCGGCUGGGGCGGUCCCUACGGCGGCUGGGGCGAUUUCCGCGGCGGAUUCGGCGGUCGUCGCCGCGGUGGCGGUCGAUGCGGCGGCAGAGGUCACCACGGACGGCGGGGCGGCGACAUGAACGACGGCGAGGGCGAGGUCGUCGACGAGACCAUGCGCAACGCAGACGAUACCCCCGAAGAGGGCGACUUCUCCGACAAGGAAAAGGACGACUCCCCCGAUACCAUGCGCGACGGCCCCAACGAAGACGGCCCCGAGCACGCAGGACACCCUCAUCCCCACCCUCACCACCACCAUGGCCCCGGCCGCCGCGGCGGUCCAGGCCGCGGAGGUCGCGGAGGUCGCUUCGGCGGUGGACCCCCCGGCGGCGGACCCGAUCCCUGGGGCGCGCGCCACAGCAGACACGGCGGCCACCACGGCCACCGGGGCCCACCUCCACCCCCCGGUCCCCCGCCCCCAUUCGGCGCACCGCACCCGCCUCCACCCCCUCCCCCGCCCUACGGCCACAACCCGGCUGGCACCUUUGACUUUGCAAACUGGCAAGAGUUGCUGAACCAGUUCGCCGACCACCCCUUUGCCCAACAAGUCCGCGACUGGGCCACCCGCUUCGGCGGCCUCAACAACAACGCCGCCGGCACCCGCGACGGUGGUGCGUCCGCCGACAACGACAACACCGACAUGGACUCGGCAUUCACGCCCCCCGUCGACAUCUUCUCCACGGACCGCGCCUACGUGCUGCACUUUGCCCUCCCCGGCGCCAAGAAGGAGGACGUCGGCGUGAACUGGGACGCCGACAAGGGCGAGCUCCGCGUCGCGGGCGUGGUGUACCGGCCCGGCGACGAGGAGUUCUUGGCGACUUUGGCGUCGGGCGAGCGGAGGAUCGGAAUGUUUAGCCGGUCUGUGCCCUUGCCGCCUCGUACGCGUCAGAAUGCGUCUGCUGCCUCGGAGAGAGGGGAGGAGAUUGACGCGCUGGCUAUCACGGCCAAGAUGGAGGAUGGAAUCUUGGUGGUGACUGUGCCCAAGGUCGAGAAGGAGUGGACUGAGAUUCACAAGGUUGAUAUCGAGUAGAAGAGUCAGAUGAUUGCUGCUUCGCACUUGAGAAGGAAUUUUCUUUUUGGUGGAAACGGUUGGAUGUAAUGGAAGCUUCACGGUUAAUGAUUUUGGAGUUUGGGAUAUUUUGAAUUCUUGGGUUUGGCUUGUAUAAGUGUUUUUGGUACUAGGG